AUGAUCAAAGCGGAGAGUAAAGCAGGCGAGAGGAGCCUGAGGAGCGCGUCCCCUCACAGAAAUGCAUACAAGUCUGACUUCCACGCCAUUAAGUGCUCCUUUGAUGGGACAAAGUCAGAAAAUGCGUCUAAUACCAUUGCAAAUGGAUCCAGUGACAACCGGGAGGACUCAAGGGGGAGGCCUUUUGGGACCAGAGUGAACAAGAUAAAGAAUAUAUUCCUACAGAUGGAUGGUCAGCAACAGGAGAGCCAAGAUGGGAAAGUGAAUUUAAAAUCUGAUGUGACCCAGGUGUCUCCACCAAAGGUGCAGUUUCCGGUCAGCACUCACAGACUUAACUUGAACAGUGCAGCAAGCCCAGAAUCGCACAUUUUGGAUAAAACGCCCAAGGGAGAAGAUGCUGAGAUUGACAAAGUGGCCUUGGCAGAGAAGUUUUCUGUGACCAGAAAACUCUUUGAAAGGGGCAUUAAAGAGCAGCCUGCCGUGGAAAAACAAUCUCCAAACAGAGUAGUAAAUCGUUUGUCACUUGGAAGUGCCUCCGAUGAAGGGAAAAGCACGAGGAGAGUAUCAGGAUCAGAGACCACUAACAAAUCGGAGCAAACUCCUUCACCUGCAGUUAAAAGUCGGCCAGAUGAGAAGGCUGAUAUUGAGAAACGGCCUCGGGUGUCACUAAAUGCGGGGCCCUUGUCAAAGAGGUUGGAGAAUUAUAUAGUUGAGAAUGACUCAGAAGACAGUAGCACAACAUCUGCUAAACAACACAGUACCACUGCACACAUUGUGCCUACCUCUCCAACAGGGGACACCUUACAUAAACCUACAUCUCCUGUUAAAGACACCGUAGACUCUUUCUCUGAUGCCACUAACAAAAAGAGAGACAACAAACCAGCACCUUUAGGGACAAAUAUUGGGCCAAAACCAACAUUUCCAGCUACCAGUUCAGCAUCCAAAUCGGUUUCUUUUACAACCGAUGCCACCCACAAACCUCUCUCACCAGAGCAAACAAGCCCAGUUAGCCAUGGUCACAAGUGCUUGACAUCAUCUGGUGAUGGAUUUAGUAGGACAUCUGUUGACUCAGAGAGGGGCAAACCACAAAGUCCACCCCCAAGGGACGUGAAACAGCCUCUUCCAUCAGCUGGUGGCUUACAGAAUGACAACAAGGGCAAAUACCCUGAAAAAGCCAAGAGUAAUGACCGUGUAGCACGCAGUCCUGUUGGGGACAAGAUUCCCAGUCAAAACUCCUCUCCAGAAUCCAAAGGGGUGGGCAUGGUACGUGCUGAACUGGUAGUGGUUCAGCAUGAGUCCUCGGAAAGUGAGGAGAAUGAAGAUGAGAAUAAUGACGAUGUCUUUGAGGCUCAGAAGGUUCAGCAACCCAAAGAUCAGCAGUUAGACCUGAAAAGAACCCAUGCUCCAGAAAAACUGAACUGUACCCCUGCCCACCAGGUCUUAUUAAGAGAUGACACAAAAGAGGCACAAUGGACUGCAGAGGAUGUAGGCGAAGGUACACUCUUAGAAGAUAAUGGGGAAUUUGGGCUGAAAGAGAGAAUGGAAGACAAUGUAGUUGUGAGUCGGGAUGGUGAAGACACGCGUGACGUAGAUGAUGAAGCAGCAGAAGAAGAGGGUGAGCAGGAGGAGCAGGUGGGCCAGGGCAUACAGGAUAGAGCUUCUCCAGUAGUGUAUGGUAUAGAAAAUGCAGCAUUUGUGGAUGACAGGGAAAUGGACCAGGUCCUCAGGGAAGAGGAGGAGGAAGAUGAGGGGGAUCAGAUGUAUGGGGAAUACGAUGACUGUUAUGAGAUCCUUGGUUUGUCGGAUGAGGAAGAGCCUCCCUUAAAAAGGAAAAUCAAGUUCUCUACGGAUCCCAUUCUGGUUUUCAGUACCUUCUCUAAUGAGGAAUACGAUCGGCGUAACGAUGAUGUUGACCCAGUUGCAGCAUCUGCAGAGUAUGAGCUGGAGAAGAGGGUGGAGAAGAUGGACGUGUUUCCCGUGGAGAUUGAGAAAGGAGACAACGGGCUUGGUAUCAGCAUAAUAGGAAUGGGAGUGGGAGCUGACCAGGGUCUGGAAAAGCUUGGGAUUUUUGUGAAAACCAUAACUGAGAGUGGAGCAGCUGAGAAAGAUGGACGCAUUCAGGUCAAUGACCAGAUAGUGGAGGUGGAUGGUAUCAGUCUGGUGGGAGUCACUCAACUGUUUGCUGCCACAGUGCUAAAGAACACCAAAGGCACAGUCAGGUUUCUGAUUGGUCGGGAGAAGCCGGGAACACAAAGCGAGGUAGCCCGCCUCAUAAGUGAGACACUAGAACAGGAGAAGAACCAGCAGCAGCAGCAGGAAGACCUGGAUGACCCAUAUGAACAUUCAACAGAAGAGGAGGACCGGUAUGAAGACGACGAUGGAAUGGAUGAAAGGAUUCUGGGAUCCAAUUUCUCUCCUGGGCGAAAUGUAGAGGUGUUUGAACUCCCUGAUUCGGAGUCCCUGUUUAUGCCGACCAACAUGAACAGCUCUCAGAUGGCCUUCAAGUUCAAAGAGCUCCAGCUCAAACACAACAUUGCCACAGCUGAAAUAAACCAGUUAAAAGAAAAGCUAACGGCAGCAGAGGAGGAUAAAUCGGUGUGGGAAGCCAGGGAGUCUGAACUGGAGCAAAAGAUUGAGGAGAAUAAUGACAAGAUCCUUAAGCUGGAGAAUUACUGGCUGGAAGCCCAGGCUCUGUGUAAGACUGUGAAUGAACAAUUAGCUGAGACUCAAACCCAGUAUGAGACCCUGGACAAGAAGUACAACAAAGCCAAGAAACUGCUUAAGGAGUACCAGCAAAAAGAGAUCGACUUUGUGAAGAGAGAGGAGGAACUGAAAAAAAGUCUAGAUGAAAAAGACAAGUGGUACAAGGAGCAGCUGGAGAGCUUGCAGAACAGAAUAGCUGUCCUGGAGUCCAGAGGAGCUCAGUCAGCUUUGGAGAGUCAGAUUGUUCAGGAAUCUGCUGCAGAGGAUAGACUGAGCAGACAGGACUCGGUCACACACACACAGUCUGUUGACUCAAAUCUAGAAAAAGACUGGAGAGAGCUGCUUCCUGAAACGGAACGCCUGAACACCAGUGCACACAGAGAAAAGGCCCUGUUGGCUCAGAGGUCCAGGCGUCAGCCUCCGUCUCGGAGCAAACUGAAGGAGAGUCUUGCUGUGGCUUCGUCAUACUCACAGGAAAGUGACGGCGAGGACGAGCAGGAGGAGCUACAAUCUCCCUGCAGGAGGAGGUCCAUCCAGGAGAGUCUGUCCCUCCCAGUGCCGGUCUUCUAUCCUGGGAAUGGACAGAAAGAUGAUCCAGGCGAGACUAGAGAUGGUUCCAGGAGUAAAGGAGAGCAUUCCAAUAGCCCAUCUCUGUCCCCAUCACAGGGAGAGAGUGUUGAAAGCAUUGAAAGUUCCUCUUUGUCGCCUCAAAAACACAGCUCAUCACCACAGUCUCCUUCCGGUAUCACACGAAAUGCGAAGAAGAGGGAGUCCAAAGGCAAGAUCAAAGAUUCCAAAGAGGAGUUUAAUGAGCCUUCAAGUGGAGGAAAGCCUAAAAGAAGAUUUCCAGACUUUGGGGGUCUCAGGAAGUCGGGUGGAAAAGGAAGAAAACACGAGAAAGACGCAAUGAGGGCAUCUUUGGACAGCAGGGGGUCAGCAGAGUUACUAGAGGAAUCUGGAGGGAACCUGUCCCCUGCAGAAUCAAUGACCUCCAUCCCCACCUGUAUGCCUUUCUCCUGGUUUGGAGACAAAGACAGGGACCGAGACAGAGAGCCCUCUUCCUCCAGCAACAGCCUGGCAUAUGCUGCCAAUGAAACUGGCAGCGAGCAAAGUCAAGAUCGCAAGAAUAAGAGUUUUUCAGUCAUAGAUGAUUCUAACCCUGCCAGUCCCAGUUCAGACAUCUCUGGGUUAGUUGCUGAACCCAAUCUGUCUGGGCGCUCACACACUUUAAUCUUCUCUUCCAGCGAGACUUUGGAUGAUGAACCAGCAGCCACAGGAAAAGAGUAUCAGUGGCAGAACCGGCCAGUGUCUGAUUGGACCAAUCAACAGGUCUGUCACUGGUUGAUGGGCAUGAAUAUGGACCAGUACACACCCGAAUUCACCGCUAAGGGAGUGGACGGCCAGCAGCUCUUACACUUGGACAGCGACAAAUUAAAGGCACUUGGAGUGACGAGUCAGAGUGAUCGCUCAACCAUCAAGAAAAAGCUGAAGGACAUGCGGAAGGCCCAAGAGAAGCUGGAGAAGCAGCGGGAAAAACGAGAGAAGGAGGUUCGACGCAGUGCAAAACUGCCGCUGUCCAGUGACUCCGUCUGCUGAGGCGUCACUUCGGCGAUUAUGCAUUGCAUAAAGUUCAUCACCAUGCACAAUCCGGAGAGAAAUGUUUUGUUUUGUUUUUUGUUUUUUUAAAAUGACGUGACAUUGUCCAUGCCGGCAGCCACAGAACAUAUCCGUGCCAGGAGCAGCCCUGUGCUGUGAUUUAUGUUUAUACUGUUUGUUUUCUCCAAAAUGCAUCAUCAAAAUCAAAUUUUAACUCAAAAAUGGCAAACGUCAAAACGUUUUCCAAAAAAAGAGAUCCUAGCCUUUUUACCACUAAAAAGUCAGAAGUGAUAAUUAUUAAAGUCUGUAUUGAGACAUAAUGUAGUUCCUGCAGAUCAUGCACACAUUUGCCUAUCAAAGUCAAAUGUAUACUGAUUUUUUUUCUUUUUUUGUUAAAGCAUUUUAUAUUUUUUCUUAAAUGAUAUGCCCGUUUCAGUGUUGAACGGUUAAUGUACAGGUGGAUAAAAGCACUAUAUUUGUCUUUUAAGCUUCAAGGGGCUACAAGGUUUUAAAUGUAUAAAUGAGUUUUAUACAUGUGCCUAUUAACUGCAUAUCUUUUUUUUUUUUACUUAAAUAUCAUUGUUCAUUUUAUAUUAUCAAAAAUUUUCUACUAAGUAGAAUAGUUAGGCCAUCAUUUUUGCUGAAUGGAAAAGCAAAAUGAAAUCAAGCUGGGACAAGGUGAAUGCUGCUCUGCUGUCCCCAAGUCUGUGUCGUUAGUGAUGCUCCAUGUAAAUACAAACAGCAUGCAGGUCUGCUACACGUGCACCUCACUGGUCCAUUAAACAGCCUGUGACAACGACUUGUGGGAUGUGGGAUUUGAGGUCUAAACAGUAAAGAGUUCACCGCAAAACCGAAGUGCUUCCUUUCCUCUCGAGCAUGACUCCAUGUUGCAUAUCGAUUGAGACAUAUUGGACUGCAACCGCGAAAUCAGAAAUGUUUCUUGGUGUAUGCAACGUCAAUAAACUAAUUUUCACUUUA